AUUGGAACCAAAAAUACCUGCCUUUCAAAUUCAAUCCAUGCCCCCUGCGGAAUCAGAUUAAAAAAAAACACCACAAGCCAAAACAAAGCGGCACCAAAAAUCCAAACCAAACGGUUGGCCCAGAAUGAGAGAGCUCGUCAUCCUCGGCUCCUCCUCCAUCGUCAAUCCUCCAAACCACCACCUCCCCGACGGCCACCGCCGCCACCACCACCACUCCCCCAAGCCCAAACCCAAACAAUCCGUCGCCCCCUCCAGGCCCAUCCCCACCGUCCAUUCCCGCUCUCCUCCUCUCCUCUCUACCGUCCGAUAUGACAUCACUUCCCCUCCGGACAAGUCCGUGCUCAAGUACUACAGCGACCUCGCCGCCAAGCUCGCCGCUGACGGCCGCCUCCAAGAGUUCUCCAUGAUUAUCGAGUCCGUCGCUGCCUUGGGAGUCGAUGCUUCCGACUUCGUCUCCUUGCUCGCCCUAAAGCCCGUGGGGGAAGGGAUUCUGCAGAAUCUUCGCGACGGAAAUGUUGGGGAUGUUCUCGAGGCGUUUAGGGAAGUCGAGAGGCUAGGAGUUUCCCCGGCGAAGCUUGUCGAUGAAGUGACUGUUGAAUUGUUCCAGAGAGAGUGUGGCCGCAUUUUGAAGUGCCAGGAGUUGCCAGAAAUUGUUGAAUUCAUGGAGAUUCUUGCCGGAUUAGGAUUCUCCAUUAAAGAUAUAGUUCAGCCGAUGGAGAUUGUUAAAAUGUGCGUUGAUCAACGCGAUCCAGACAUGGCUGUGAGGUACGCGAGCAUACCUCCCUAUGAUCGCAUGUUGUUCUGCACCAUCAUCAGCGAAUUCGGGAAGAGGAAAGAUUUGGAUUCCGCUUUGACGGCGUAUGAAGCGUUUAUGCAGAUCUUGAGCAGCCCUAACAUGUAUAUGUGCCGUGCAAUUGUUGAUGUUUGUGGUCUGUGUGGGGAGCCAAUGAAAUCCAGGCUCAUCUAUGAGGGGUUGCUCGAGAAAAAGAUCACCCCAAAUAUCUAUGUCUUCAAUAGUCUCAUGAAUGUUAAUGCUCAUGACUUGACCUAUAUAAUGCACAUAUACCAAAACAUGCAAAAUCUUGGCGUAACAGCAGAUACAACCUCUCACAACAUUAUCCUGAAGGCAUGUUGUCUUGCCGGAAGAGUUGAUCUGGCGCAGGACAUGUAUAACACAGUGAAACAAUUGGAGCUGGCAGGAACAUUGAAGUUAGAUGUCUUCACUUACUGUACCAUCAUAAAAGUAUUUGCAGAUGCAAAGUUGUGGCAAAUGGCACUAAAAGUCAAAGAAGAUAUGCUGGCGUCAGGUGUCACCCCUAAUACGUACACAUGGUCAUCCUUGAUCAGUGCUUGUGGAAAUGCAGGUCUUGUCGAGCAUGCAAUCCAGUUAUUUGAGGAAAUGCUUCUAUCAGGCUGCAAGCCAAAUUCACAAUGUUGUAACAUCCUUUUGCAUGCUUGUGUCGAGGCUCGUCAAUAUGACAGGGCUUUUCGUCUUUUCCAAUCUUGGAAGAAAAAUGGACUUCAAGAAGCUCUUGGAGACCGUUGCAGUAGCCAAACAGAAGAUGACGUUUCUGAACCUAUCUCUCCAAAAAGGGAUCCUCUGCCUACUUCAAAUCAUUGGAACUUCAUAACUAAGUUUCCCUUUGCACCAACAACAACAACAUACAAUAUAUUGAUGGAAGCAUGUGGCACAGAUUAUCAGCGUGCCAAAAGUUUGAUGAAUGAAAUGAAAGAAGAAGGCCUUCCCCCUAAUCAAAUAAGCUGGUCGAUCUUAAUUCACAUGUGUGGAGCCUCAGGGGAUGCAGAACUUGCCGUACAGACCUUGAAGGACAUGCGUAUGGCUGGAGUUCAGCCGGAUGGCAUUGCAUAUACGACUGCUAUCAAGGUUUGCGUGGAGAGCAGAAACUUGCAGCUGGCGUUCUCACUAUUUGCCGAAAUGAAGAGAUACCUGAUUAAACCAGAUUUGGUGACUUAUAAUACCCUUUUAAGAGCUCGUACGCGAUAUGGUUCUUUACGAGAAGUACAACAGUGUUUGGCUAUAUAUCAAGAAAUGAGGAAAGCUGGGUAUAAUGCAAAUGAUUACUAUCUGAAGCAACUAAUCGAGGAGUGGUGUGAAGGUGUUAUACAACAUAAUGGUCCCAGGCAAGAUCGCUCUUCUGGCCAGACAGGAACUGCUACUGGGAGACCCCAUAAUCUUCUUCUUGAGAAAGUUGCAGCACACUUACAAAAUGGCAUCAGUGGAAGAGUGGCUAUCAAUCUGCAAGGCCUAACAAAGGUUGAGUCUCGGAUUGUUGUUCUGGCCGUUCUUCGAAUGAUCAAAGAGAAUUACACUCUAGGACAUCCAGUAAAUGACGACAUAUCGAUAAUACUAGGGGUGGACGAAGUGGGUGCUGCAGAGUCUGCUAAAAAUGGUUCAGAGCUGAGAGACACGAUACUGAAACUAGUGCAAAACGACUUGGGGCUCCAGGUUUUGGCCUCCCUUCCUGGGUCUCCAGUUAAUAUGAAGAUCAGCCAGAAAAAGCAUCCUGAUUCUUCAUCUCCCAUACUAGAAGAAGAAAGGGUUGGAAGGACCAAUAAAAUGGUGUCAUCUUCUUCCACGAGACGGCCGGUUAUGCUACAGAGACUGAAGAUCACUAAAGAAUCACUGCACCAUUGGGUGCAGAAAAGAGCCGGUACUUUUAGUACCUGAUCAUUAUUUAUGUGUACAGAAUGCCUAAUUUUUGUAUAGGAAUUACGCAUAUUGCCGCUCAUUGUACAUCUAGGGCACAAGAACCAAAUAAGCAAGCGCUCUGCAUACUUCAUUGUAAAAUUCAUAGGAAAGCAUUGAAUAAAAACAUCCCAAAUUUUCAAUUAUGAACCUUCCAUUCUCUACUUUGUUCUACAAUCAUGAUCCUUUUAGCAGCAACUCUAGC